AUGGCGAUCGGCAAGAACAAGCGUCUUUCAAAGGGCAAGAAGGGACUCAAGAAGAAGACCGUUGAUCCCUUUUCUCGCAAGGACUGGUACGACAUCAAGGCUCCAGUUACUUUUGAUGUUCGUAACGUUGGAAAGACCCUUGUUAACCGCACCCAAGGUCUAAAGAAUGCCAAGGACUACCUCAAGAACCGUGUUCUCGAGGUUUCUCUUGCAGAUCUUUCCAACAACCAGGAAGAUAGUUUCCGCAAGGUUAAACUUCAGAUUCAAGAGGUUUCUGGAACCAACUGCCUGACCAACUUCCACGGUAUUGACAUUACUUCGGACAAGCUUCGUUCCCUUGUCAAGAAAUGGCAAUCACUGAUUGAAGCAUACGUUGAUGUCAAGACCACUGAUGGCUAUCUCAUCCGUAUCUUCACGAUUGCAUUCACUCAACGUCGCAAGAAUCAGCUUCGCAAGACCACCUAUGCCACUAGCGCUCAGAUUCGUGCCAUUCGCAAGAAGAUGUUUGAGAUUGUUACCAAAGAGGCAACAUCGUGCGAUCUCAAGGAGUUUGUUCGCAAACUUGCACCUGAAGUGAUUGGCAAGGCCAUUGAAAAGCAAUGCCAAAAUAUUUACCCACUUCAGAACACCAUGGUUCGCAAAGUCAAGAUUCUCAAGGCACCCAGAUUUGAUCUUGGAAAGCUUCUUGAGCUGCAUGGUGAGCGUGGUGAUGACAAGGGCUUCAAGGUUGUUCCAGGAUCCAAGGAAUACAAAGAGAUUGCCAUUCUCGACAGCGUCUAGUUGUGUUUUAUUUCAAAGAUAUUAAGGAAACCGUUCUAAACUGACGCCAUGGUGUUUGAUAUUUCUUCAAAAUGAAUGUUUUGGCGUCUCCAUUUC